GCGCCUCCCCAGCACCGCAUCCUCGAACCUCAGAAUGUCCGAGACUGCUCCUGCUGCCUCUCCCGCCGCCGCCCCCCCGGCGGAGAAGACUCCAGUCAAGAAGAAGGCUGCCAAGAAGCCUGCGGGGGCGCGCCGCAAGGCGACUGGCCCCCCGGUGUCCGAGCUCAUAACCAAAGCUGUGGCUGCCUCCAAGGAGCGCAGCGGGGUAUCACUGGCUGCGCUCAAGAAGGCGCUGGCGGCCGCUGGCUACGAUGUGGAGAAAAAUAACAGCCGCAUCAAGCUGGGGCUGAAGAGCCUGGUGAGCAAAGGCACCCUGGUGCAGACCAAGGGCACCGGCGCCUCUGGCUCCUUCAAGCUUAAUAAGAAGGCGGCUUCCGGGGAGGCCAAGCCCAAGACCAAGAAAGCGGGCGCGGCCAAAACUAAGAAGCCUGCUGGGGCCGCCAAGAAGCCCAAGAAAGCUGCGGGGGCGGCCACUCCCAAGAAGAGCGCCAAGAAGACCCCAAAGAAGGCGAAGAAACCCGCCGCAGCUGCUGGCACCAAGAAAGUGGCCAAGAGCCCGAAGAAAGCCAAGGUUGCCAAGCCUAAGAAGGUCAAGAGUGCGUCAAAGGCUGUGAAGCCCAAGGCCGCCAAACCCAAGGUUGCCAAGCCCAAGAAGGCGGCGCCUAAGAAGAAGUAGACUGCGACUGCUUCUCCAACCCCAAAGGCUCUUUUCAGAGCCACCACUGGUCUCUGGAGGAAGAGCUGACACUUGUUUAUUAAGCGCUGCCGGGGCGUUCCCGUACUUGGCGGGCCGGUCUCUUGACUUUCUCUCCCCUUCGCCUGUUGGCGUCCUUCCCAGCUGUCGGGCCAGAGACUUUUUCCGCGGUUGGUGGACUCCGGAUGUGCGCCAUCUCUGGCCUCCGCACUUGACCUGCGGGAAGCAGUCUCCGAGCUGGAUUUCCCUUAGGAUGGACUAACGGGGAUUCGAAAGUCCCGCCUUGCGUCUGGGUUGGCCCGCGCGUCCCGCCGCGGUUUGUCUGGUGUCACUGGGCAGAAGCCUGAGUGAUCCCCAGCUUCUUCGCAGCAGUAAGUCGUGCUGUAAAGUUAGAACUGUGGUCCUGCGGACACUGAGGAGGGUGGGAGUCGGCAGCUACGUCCCGCUAAGAGAAGAAGCGAAGGAAAUUCCUUCGCGGUGGCAGUGGGUCUGCCUUCCCCGGGGGCAAGGAUGGAGGGUGGGCCAAAAGUUGUUCUGGUCUUGAGCUGUGUCCCAAGAUGUAACGAGCAGUGGGCGCUGCGAAUGUUAAGUUUCACAUUUUGUCUGACAUAGUUUUAUUUGUGUGUCUUAAGUAUUUCUACGCAAAGCUGAACAAAGUGCUAGCUGGAAUUGGCGCUAACGCGAUGCCUGUUUUCAAUAAAAGGCUAGAGUUUUCAUUAA